AUGCUGGAGGCUGGAGCAAUAUGGGGUUUCACCAGUACGACGAUGGCGAGUCUUAUGUUCUGGUCAAUGUAUAAACAGUUUGCGCCAUACAACGUCCGAGUCUACUUGGAGCAUUAUUUUUACAAAUAUCUUAAUAAGUGGUUCGGUGAAGAUUUGAAAUCUGUUCAUAUCAGAUUCCCUGAAUACACAGGAGAAGGUCUCACUAAAAGCCGAGCCUUUGAUGAGAUACGCAACUAUUUAUCUACGAUAUCAACGGCUACGGCCAGGAGAUUAAAGGCCAAUGAGUCGGAAAAGAGCAAAUCGGUGGUUCUUAGUUUGGACGACGACGAGGCUAUUGUAGAUAGGUUCCAAGGUGUAAAGGUGGUGUGGUCUUUGAUCUUAGUAAGUAAAGAGAAUCAAUCUGUUUCAAAGGAGGGAAGGCACUUGACUCUGAGUUUCGACAAACAGGAUAGAGAGGUGAUCACAAAGACUUAUCUUGAUCAUGUUUUGAGAGAAGGGAAAGAGAUUGGGUUGAAGAACAGAGAAAGGAAGCUUUACACUAAUAAUUCGAGUACUGAUUAUUCCUCAUGGAGGGACGGACGAUGGAGCAACGUUCCUUUUAAUCAUCCGGCAACAUUCGAGACUUUGGCUAUGGAUCCUGAGAUGAAAGAAGAGAUUAAGAAGGAUUUGAUCAAGUUUAGUAACGGGAAAGAUUAUUACAGGAAGGUCGCGAAGCCGUGGAAGCGAGGUUAUCUCUUGUUUGGACCGCCCGGGACAGGGAAAUCGACGAUGAUAUCGGCAAUGGCGAAUUUAUUGGAGUAUGAUGUCUAUGAUCUUGAGUUGACGACAGUGAAAAAUAACUCGGAGUAGCAGAAGCUAAUGUUGGACACAAAAGGAAAGUCUAUUGUUGUGAUUGAAGAUAUUGAUUGUUCGCUUGAUCUUACGGGACAGAGAAAGAAGAAGGAGGAGGAAGAUGAGGAUGAAGAGGAUACUGAAGAAAAGAAGAAGGAAGAUGAGAAGUUGUUGAAGAAAGAUAGAGUUCUGAAAGGGAGCAAUGUUACUCUGUCGGGGUUAUUGAACGCCAUUGAUGGGUUGUGGUCAGCUUGUAGUGAUGAGAAGAUCAUAGUGUUCACGACAAAUUUUGUGGAUAAUCUUGAUCCAGCAUUGAUACGUAGAGGAAGAAUGGACCAACACAUUGAGAUGUCUUAUUGCAGGUUAGAAGCUUUUAAGGUUUUGGCUAUGAACUACUUGGAGAUUGAGUCACAUGAUUUGUAUGGAGAGAUUGGGAAAUUGCUAGAGGAAGUCGACAUGUGCCCGGCUGAUGUUGCUGAAUGUUUGAUGCCGAAAUCUGAUGAGGAAGAUGCUGAUGUUUGCUUGAGGCGUUUGGUUAAGUCUUUAGAGGAAGAGAAGAAGAAGAAAGCUGAGAGGGAAGCGAGGAGGAAGAAGAAGAAAGCAGAGGAUGAAGAGAAGAAGAAGAAGAAACAAAACAAAGUGAAUGGUGUUAUCAAAUUGUUUGAUAGACAUUAA